AUGGCAUCCGCAACAGUCGAAACUACCACACCCGUAGUUCCCAUCAUCGAUGAGAGGAUUACACUGAAAGGUCUCGCCCGCGAGCCUUUGAAGCCAACCGGAGCUCUAGACGCUUUUGAGUCUUUUGACGUAACCCCAGUGAUUGGACGUGAAUUUCCCAAUGCCAAUUUGAAAGAUUUCCUGCGCGCUCCCAACUCCGAUGAGCUACUUCGUGAACUUGCCAUUACUAUCUCCCAGCGAGGUGUCGUCUUCUUCCGCAAGCAAGAUGGUCUCGACAAUGACCUGCAGAAGGAGCUUGUUCAGCGGCUUGGCGAGCUCUCGGGCAAGCCAAGCACAUCUGGACUGCACAUUCACCCCAUUGCUAACUCGGGCCGGGAUCACAGUGUGAAGGAUGACGAGAUUAGUGUGAUCAGCUCUGUCGAGCGAAAGAAGCUAUACACCAACUUCCGAAAGGACCGCAAACAGACUGGUCGGAAGGAGUGGCACAGUGAUAUUACAUUUGAGCCUAUUCCUAGUGACUAUACCCUUUUGCGUCUCACGGAAUUGCCCAAGACUGGUGGUGAUACUCUAUGGGCAUCCGGCUACGAAGUUUACGACCGUCUUUCCGAGCCCUACCAGAAGUUCCUGGAGGGCCUAACUGCAACAUAUGCCCAACCAGGCUUCAACGCAAUUGCCAAAGAACACGAAUUCAACGUCCACCCCGGUCCCCGUGGUGCACCCGAGAAUGUCGGAGAGGAGCUUAGUGCCGUGCACCCAGUGAUCCGUACCAACCCUGUCACCGGCUGGAAGAGUGUCUUCGCCGUGGGCGUACACGUCCAGAAGAUUAACGGUCUCUCCGAUGAGGAGAGCCGCCAUCUCCUCGACUGGUUUGUGACUCUUAUUGUCGAGAACCACGAUUUGCAGGUUCGCAAUCGCUGGCAGAACCCCAAUGACCUUGCUAUUUGGGAUAACCGCUCGGUGUAUCACGCCGCAACGUGGGACUAUGACAACCUUGGCCCGCGCACUGGGCACCGUGCUGUUGGUCUUGGUGAGAGGCCUUAUCUGGACCCUCAAAGUAUUGGCAGACGGGAGGCUUUGGCGAAGGAUGAAUAG